GUAAAAGUAUGUACAAAAAAAGAAGUUGGCGCAAAACAAAGUGUUUGAACAUUAAUCAUUUUUAGCAUAAAAAUGUAUAAAAAUCGCAAAUUUAAUAAAAAUUUGAAACAAACGACAAACAAUCAGACUGUUUCAAAAAGGAAUUUAAAUGUAAUUGAUGAAAAUACAACAAUAAAGAUUGCAAAGACAACAGAUGCCUCUGGGACUUCUCACUCAAGGCGAACUAGUUUUGGUAGUAAUAACGAAAAUGAAUUUAAUGUGGAUGCGUUUAAUAGCGAAGAAAACAUACCGGCGUCGCAGGAACCCACUCAACGUUACCUGUCCCAACGCAGUAUUGCGGCGUCCUUAACGCGUACGCAAUCACGCGGCAACACCACACGUCCACCAAACACUUACUUUGAAAUGGUUUUAAUGAAAUCUGGUGCACUAUUGGAUGAGGGUGAUAAUUUUGUAUUGUCUUGCGAUCAUGUUGCUUUUGUUAGUAAAUUUAGAGAGAUUUUAAUGAAAUCUCAAAACUACCCGGACAAUAUUGAAAUGUUUAAAACUGGCUUAAGCGACGCUUUAGCCACAAAACCUAAAUUAACGCAAAAGUUAUUAAGUGGUUGCACAAUUAAUAUGCCCGGUGAGGAAAGUGUCUAUCAAUCCCAAAAUAGUAUGAUGGUUAAUUUUUUAAUGAUUGGCUUUCUUUGCGAUCACGUUUUGGAUAUACUGCUUGAUAAAGCUGAAAAAAUUGCUUGUGGAUCCAAUAAAAAUCUAACUGAUAAUAAUGUACCACUGUUGACUUUGUUGUUGGCACAAAUGAGAAACAUUACACUAUCCCAUGGCACUGUUAUCAAUGAACGUAUACAUUCCAUUUUUGAAAAAGCUAAUCCCAGUGCUAGGAUGGAAAUAAUUGCUAGUGCGGAAUUUAUAAUCGAACCAAGCAAACAUGAUGAAUUUGUGCAGCUGUUAUUAGACAAUAUUGCUGAAAGCAAAGAUUUUUUCAAUCCCGUCAUUAUGCAGUGUUUAAUCCAUUUGAACUUGACCCCUCAUAUGCAAGGAAAAAUACGUAAUAAAAUUUUAUCUUAUAUUAAAGAAAGCCAAAAUCAGCAUACCCUGUUACCAGUUGUUAUUCAAUUCUUACUAAAAAUAUUAAAUGAAGACAAUGAUGAAAGUGUACGAGAACUUGUGAAUACAUUGAGAGAAAUUUUAAUAUAUCUUAAUGAUAUAUCUGUGAUAGAAAAACAUUCAGAAGUUUUUAAUCAUAUAGAACAAGGUCUUAUACGUUCCAAGAAAUUUUACACACUUUGGCAGAAGAAGAUUAGCGGUUUGCCUCCUGUGGAAUUUAAAUCAAUAGAUUUCAUGAUAUUGCUACUGCUAAUAUAUAUUAAGGAGGAUAAUUCAAUGUAUAUUGAAAAUAUUAUUCGACGUCGUAUUAAACUUGAGCACAUUACUGUUGAAAUCAUUUUUGAUAUCUGUGACAAGUACGGCGUUGCACUGGAGAAGCUAACUAAUAUUUUAAUGCAAAUAUUACAUAAUUUUCUUAAAGAAAAACACAAAUCAGUAGUAAACUUUGCCAGAGCAUCUUAUUGUAUACUAUUUAAAAUAGACGCUGCUAUACAAAAGGAUAUUAUAAAGAAAUUAUUAGAGCUUACAUAUGAUAGAUCUUUGCAGAAUAUGACUAAUUUAGCUUUGGAAUUACUGACGGACUUACAUCGUGAAUAUGCUAAAGAAGUGCGAAAUUGGGGCAUGCUUUUAUUGCCUUUGAUUGACCGUUUGAAUGAAAUGUCAUUAUCACAAACGCGUAUGGUUAUGAAGUUAUUAUGUUGUAUAGCGUUUCCUGAGCCUGGAUUCCAUGAAUGUACUCCAUUGCAAGAUCAAAUUGAUAUGUUGGUCAAGAAACAAUUGAUAAGUCGUGUUCCAUUAAUUAAAAAACAAGGAAUCAUUGGAGGUGUACAGUUGGUUGAUAGCAUUGCACGCGUUGAGAAAACUUAUAUUGAAAUGGAUGAUUUGGAAACUACAUUCAACACAGCCAGUGAUUUACCAGAUGGUCGUGGAAAAAUGGCAGCAAAUUAUAUUGAGCGAAUACGUUCAUCUAUAAUGCAUUGUCCAGAAUCGUUAGCUUUAUUUUUUGAUGAAUUGGCUAGCAUUUGUGUCGCUGGACCACAUGAUAAUGCUAAUAAAGGUUAUCUUCUAGAUAAACCGCUUGUUAUAUGGUUAUGUGAAGUGAUGACAUAUUACUUUCAAGACUAUUUUAUAAGCGAAGAUACAACUGAUAAUAUAAGUGAUAUACAAGUUUCACUACAAAAGUGUUUGAAUUCUCAAAAUACAGAAACGGAGGAAAGUGAAGUUACUAUGAUUGCUAUUAACAUAUCCGAAGCUGUAUUAAAACCUUCUCAUCAAGCUUUAAAGUCAGCCUUAGUAUUAGCGCCACUUUUUAAUUUCGUGCGUGUUUUGCAUUUUAUACGCUAUGAGGGAAGCCUAAUACAGAUCAACGCUUUAUUGGGAUGUGCCAUAAUAUUACCAACAUUUUUUGAUGAUGUUAAUUUUGAGAGCAUAUUUAGAGAUUAUGAUGAACAAACUCAAAAGAAAAUCUUGGAUAUAUACUUCCACUGCGUCAAUUGGAUACGUGAAACUGUAAGCUCCUUUUCUACUCAACAUGAUGAACUAAUAAAAAAUCAGGUGCUUAUACGUUUGGCUGAUUUAAUACAAAUUGAAGCAAAAGUACGCAGAUUAUUGGUAAUUUGUCCAGUAGACUACAUGCCACCUUUGUGUCAGUACAUCACUGCGUAUAGAAAUGCAAAUAGUGCCAAUAAAAGUGGUGGACGUAGAAGACCUGCAACAAAUAAUGCCAAAGGCGGCCGUAGUAGAAGUGGAACUCAUCAAACUGAAACGGAAGCUACCAUUUUCAAUGAAACUAAUGCUAACAAUUUAACCGAAGCUGAGACAACAGCUAAUUUGAUCGGUUUGUCUAAACCUAAGACAAUAAAUAAUAAAACAAAUUUUAAUGUACUAUACAACGCCAAAGAAGUGUAUAGACAAAUGGACUCUAAUGUUAUGUUGAUAUUAAAUGAAAAUUUGAAUAUAAAAUAUCCUUUUCCAAAUGAGUGUAUUGGCAAAGAAAUUGGUUUACCUGAGUUUCGCUUUUUAUUAACUGAUUUAGUUUAUAAAGUGGAGUCCAUCACUGGAGUACAGCAAAUACAAACAGAAGAACACUUUCAGUAUAUUGCAAAGCCGUUUGCUUUUAUAUCCGAUUUAUCACAAUUUUUAAAGAAAAUUGUUAAAAAUAUGGAAAUGAUAUCAUCUGCUAUAACAAAUCAGUUGGAAAAAGUUAAUACUGUUUAUAGCCAUCCUGAUCUUUUUACAGAAGAAAUAAACUAUCUCAAGGUUUGCCUUGGCUUGUGUUUACGCUUACUAAAUGCAUAUUUUUCGUGGCCCGAAUUUAUAGAACCCAGAAAAUCAGGCGUUUUGAAAGAUUCUUUUGAAACGAUUAUUGGCAAAUCUACAACACAAUCAUUAAAUUUGGCAAAGGAAGUAUUUGACAAAUUGCUAAGUUAUGAAUAUUCAGUUCUUGAUUUAAAAGCUGCACUGAAUUUAUAUCACCUGGUAGGGACUAUAAAAAGUUUAUCCAAGCCUGAUUCAAACACAGAUUUAAUGGAAGAAAUGGAAAAAGGCAUACACAACCUAUGCCGGAACUUUCUGCAACGUAAAUGGUUUCACUAUGAGGGAAGUUUAGAAAAAGGUUCCAUCUGUAAUAUAUAUUUAAAUGAACUUGUCAAAGGAUUUUUGAGAAACUGCACAUUUAGUCGACAGAAAAAAAUUUUAAACAUAAUUUCAAGGGAUCUGCAACAUUUAAAUAGCAAAGAGGGAACACUUAAAGAGUUCCCCAACUUUAAGAAAGCAAAUUUUCCAAUAAUGUUUCGUGGUUGUUGUGAAAUCCUACUGAGUUUUCUAAAUGAGGCAAUCUCCAAUAAUGAGAUUGAUUCCCAUGAUAAGUUGAAGAAAUGGGAAAAAAGUUGUGAUAUAUUAAAUAUGCUAUUAAAAAUAGUACAAACAUUAGAUAUACCACGCAAUUCAUCUCUAUUUUUAAAAUAUGCUCAUUUAUAUAUAAAAUUAGUACUACAACACGGUGUGAUUGUAUUGGAAGAUUAUUUACGUGGCGAUACGGAACGUAUAAGUGAAUUUCUGAAAAGUUUACAAAAUAUAACGCGAUAUUUGCACAAUCUUUGUUGUCAUUCAAAGACUAAAAAGAAUUCAGCUAUUGUCAAUCAAAUACCAUUCUUACGUGAAACUGUGGAAAACUUAGUAUUUCGCAUUAAAGCCAUAUUAACUGGACAUAAGUGUGCAUCGGUGUUGAAUAUAAGUGUACUUAAAAAUAAAGACUUGGAUGGCGCUGAAAUUCUUUCUCAGACUGUUUCCUUGACUUCUGCUAGUCGCGGCGAUAGUGAUGAAGAAAUUCCAGAAGAUGACUCUAGUGUAGAGGAAACAAUACUUGGACAAAAUGAUAUGCAUGAUACUACUCAUGAUGGGUCUACUUAUCGAACGAGAAAUCGUAGCAAAUCAAAUUCGCGUAGUAAAUGUUAUUAAAAUGCUAAAAAUUUAUUACUGGUUAAUAAAGAUCUGAAAUCUUG